AUGACAGACAGGUGCGCUGUAAAUAGUGCAACAAUUAGAGCAGUUGAAGAUAAUUGGCAAACGAACAUCCAGCAAUUAAACUGCAAUCUACAUCCACUUGAAACGAUUACUAAGGAAUGUAAGAAGGUUCUAAAACAACAUGAAAAAGAAAAUAAAUUUCCAGCCAGACAGUGUUACGGCACAGAUUGUUUCGCUGGAAACCUUGUGCUAAAGUCAAACCAGCUCAGAUAUAAAGAUUCCACUGGUGAUCCCAGACUCUUUAAGAGUAGAUUGCAGAGUGCAAAUCUCCCUAGCAAUCUCCUGCCAAGAUUUAGAGUUGCACGCAUGCAUAUCACGCAUCAGAUUUCUCGAGUUUUGCUAGAGCAUGAAGAGUUUUUCACAAAGCUCUUUGCUGACAAACAGCUAAAAUCAUCUCAACUCAGAUCAGCAGUUCAUUUGGACUUUGCCAGGAAAGAGGUAAAAGUUGAACUUCAAGUUCUAAGAGUGAUUGGUAAAGCCAUUACUGGGCCAUGGAUGAAAUAUUUCUACGACGAUGAAACAUCAGAACUUCACCACUUCGAUGCAUUCGAAUUGGUAAAAAAAUCCAUUGGCAAUAUUCAGCAGUGGGCUGAUGAUCCCCUUUCAGUUUUCAGUGGCACUGUUGAUUGUUUUGGGGAUGAGAUGACCAUGGGGGAUUGUCUGGGCACAUUGCCAGACAACAAGAUUUUGUUCACAUCAAUGCUGUCUGAUUGCUUCAAGCGAACUGUUACAGUACUGAAUCGCCAAUACAGCAACUACUUCUCAUUGAAUAUUGAUGACAAAUUAAAGGAAGAAACAAGGUCAGCAAAAGUCCAUAACAUUUAUGCGGAACAAAUUAUGGGUAUGUUUUCAGCAAUGAAGGCAUUAAAAACAAAUGCAACGGUUGACUAUAUUUCAUGUGCUAUUAGGGCCAGGAAAAACCAUGCUGUCAACUACCUGAUGAAUAUGAAUGAGGAAGACCGUGAGGAAUUGAUGACGAAAGCAAGGCAGUUUGCACGCAAGGAUAGAGUAUUCAAGCGAAAGACUCAGAAGGCACUUGAGGAUGAGAUAAGACGUCGGUAUGAAGUGAAAGUUCAGAAAGGAGUUGAUGCCGACCACAGAAAAUUAGUUAAUCAGCUAAAAAAAGGAAAGAGAACAACGGCUGAUUUUCCCGAACAGAAAGAAAUGAAAAAAAUAUAUACUGUACAUAUUCAUUGUAGCUCCCAUGAGUAA